CCAGCAGAUGGCGAUAUUCCCCCUUCCAAUCUCGCAGCGUCCUCAGCGUGGGUCACGUGACGCCGCUGUCAUCGAGCCUCUUCACGGAGUGUAAGGGCUCUUCCUUCUGUGCCGUUCUGCCGUAAAGCGAGGGCUUGGUGACGUCAUGGUGAAGUUUGCGUUGCAGUUGAAGGCCAGUCUAGAAAACGUCACAAAGCUUCGGCCGGUGGGUGAUGAUUUCCGCUGGUUCCUAAAGCUGAAAUGUGGCAACUGUGGAGAGGUAUCGGACAAAUGGCAGUAUAUCACGUUAAUGGACAGUGUGCCUCUUAAGGGUGGGAGAGGCAGCGCCAGUAUGGUACAGAAGUGCAAGCUGUGCUCUCGUGAAAACUCCAUAGAUAUCUUGGGCAUCUCGCUCCAGCCAUAUAAUGCUGAAGACAAUGAACGUUUUAAAACUAUAGUGGAAUUUGAGUGUCGAGGUUUGGAGCCGGUGGAUUUCCAGCCUCAGGCCGGAUUUGCUGCAGAAGGAGCAGAAACUGGAACGCCAUUCAGUGACAUUAACCUACAGGAAAAGGACUGGACGGAUUAUGACGAGAAGGCAAAAGAAUCUGUAGGGAUCUACGAGGUGACGCAUCAGUUUAAGAAGUGCUAACUACAUACUAUUUAUACAUCAUUUGUUCAAGGGUUAGAUUAUUUGUUACACAUCAGAUAUGGACAUUGCCAAAACUUUCACAUUCAGCCCUGCAAGUUACAGUGCAAAUACCUCAGGCAUCCGGUUACUGCAAACAUCUAGAGUACAAUGAAACUCCGGAAGCUUUCCCACUGAGUAUUUGGAUAAAUAUAUCCUCACCUCCUGUCAGAUUCCUUUCAAUUCAUUCCUACUGCAAUAAAUACCUUCUCCAAAAACUGGGACUUCCUCUUAAUAGGGGUCUUCUUUGAAAACUUUCCGCUUAUUACAGACUAGGUCUCCAGUUUCGGAUAGGAGAGGUUCUGACUGGCACCCCAUGGAUCAUCUGGCUUAAAGGGGUUAUCCAGGGAAAAAAACUUUUUAUACAUAUAUAUCUCAACUGGCUCCAGAAAGUUAAACAGAUUUGUAAAUUACUUCUAUUUAAAAAAAAAAUCUUAAUCCUUUCAGUACUUAUGAGCUGCUGAAGUUGUUCUUUUCUGUCUAAGUGCUCUCUGAUGACACCUGUCUCGGGAACUGUCCAGAGUAGAAGCAAAUCCCCAUAGCAAACCUCUUCUACUCUGUGCAGUUCCCGAGACAAGCAGAGGUGUCAGCAGAGAGCACUGUUGCCAGACAGAAAACAACAACGCAACUUCAGUAGCUGAUAAUUAUUGGAAGGAUUAAGAUUUUUUUUUAAUAGAAGUAAUUUACAAAUCUGUUUAACUUUCUGGUACCAGUUGAUAUAAAAAAAAAAAAAUUCCUGGAAUACCCAUUUCAAAAGUUUGGAGUAAUCUGAACGGGGAAGGAAGCAUGAGUCCUAUCAUAAGGACAUGCCAUCAAUAUCGAAUUCCAGUACACCCCUUUAAAGUGUCAUAGUUGCAUGUCAAAAGUAUGGGGUCCCUGGGCAUGAGCCUUACAGGUUGGGCUCUGUCAGACCUUUUGGGGUUCUUUUUCUUUUUGGUUAUGGGCGGGAGUCAAUGUCUCUUGGUUCACAGACAUUUCACACAUUUGGCCCUCAUUUACUAAGAGUGUUGUGUAGGUUUCUUUGUGGGUUUUAAUUCCCUGCAAUUUAUUUUCCACGUUAUUUACUAAGGUUUCCCUACAUUUUGCUUUUUUCUACACAUGCUCUGAUCUGUAGGGUUUUCCUCAGCUGAAAUCCACCACAUUUUAUGUGGAAACCUUAGUAAAUAUGCUGGGUUUUUGUGAAAAUGUCGGGAACACGCCCCUUUUGUGACCACACCCCUUCCCAGCAGUCACGCCCCUUUUUCGGGUUUUCUUAGCAAAAUGGAGAGUUAGUCUGUUUUUUUUCAAUUCUGGUGCAAAUUCUGGCGCAGACAGAAUUUCUGGUACAAUGCGACAGAAUCUGGCCCACAACCCGACAAAACAUGUCGGGUUUGCAAUAGUAAAUGAGGGCCAAUGUUUCCCAAGGACUUUUGAGUUGCCUGUCUUGCUCUCUUUUUUUCGGAGGCAGGAGGGUGUUGUGUUACGUGUUUUUCUUUUUGUGUUCUUAUAAUUGUUAGACGCCAAUAAAAACGAUCCAUAUAAAAUAGUUUUGAUCAGGUCUGGCUAUUCAGAUCCCUAAAACAAGGUGCGGGAGAGGCACGUGGAUUAGUGCUUCUCCUCUCAUCUUGCUCGUCGCUGCACAGGAUGGGCUCCAUAGCAAUUCUAUGUACAUGUCUAAAGUUUUUUUGUUUUUAAUGUUACAGUAAGUCAGAAUAUAAGUUCCUGGUUAUAUUCUAUCAAUCUCUGUAGAUCCUGUUUCUGUCUCCCUUUGGCAACCCAAUUAAAAAAUUGGCAUUGUGAAGAUCUACAGUGCAGCAGCCUUUGUUAUAU